GACCAAAAAGGAAAAAUAAAGAAAAGGAAGGGACACAUUUGACAUUUCAGGACCAUGUUCUUUUCUUACAGAACCUCUCUGCCAGGAAGAAUCGCAGAGAGAGGGUCAGAGUGAGAAAUAGAGUGAGAAGCGGAGAGAGUGUUCACAAACCCUAAUUUCUAAGAGAUCGGCCAUGGCUUCCUCCAAGGAUCGUGACAACUUCGUCUACAUCGCCAAGCUCGCGGAGCAGGCCGAACGAUACGAAGAGAUGGUUGAUUCGAUGAAGAAGGUUGCGAAUCUAGACGUUGAACUGACUGUUGAGGAGCGAAAUUUGCUUUCUGUUGGAUACAAGAAUGUGAUUGGUGCUCGGAGGGCGUCAUGGAGGAUCCUGUCUUCCAUAGAGCAGAAGGAGGAGACAAAAGGGAAUGAAUUGAAUGCGAAGCGGAUUAAGGAGUAUAGGCAGAAGGUUGAAUUGGAGCUUUCGAACAUCUGUAAUGAUGUUAUGAGAGUGAUUGACGAACAUCUUAUUCCUUCGGCUGCAGCUGGUGAAUCCACUGUGUUCUACUAUAAGAUGAAAGGAGAUUACUAUCGUUAUCUUGCUGAAUUUAAGACCGGCAAUGAGAAGAAGGAAGCUGCUGAUCAGUCUAUGAAAGCAUAUGAGUCUGCUACUACCGCAGCCGAGUCUGAUUUACCACCCACACACCCCAUCCGAUUGGGUCUAGCUUUAAAUUUCUCAGUCUUCUAUUAUGAAAUCUUGAAUUCCCCAGAAAGAGCUUGUCAUCUUGCAAAGCAAGCUUUUGAUGAAGCUAUUUCUGAGCUGGACACCCUGAACGAGGAGUCAUACAAAGAUAGCACCUUAAUCAUGCAACUUCUCAGAGACAAUCUAACUUUGUGGACUUCUGACAUCCCUGAGGAUGGAGAAGAUGCUCAAAAAGUGAAUGGCACUGCCAAACUUGGUGGAGGUGAGGAUGCAGAGUGAAUUCGAUGGUUGAUGGGAACUUCCCGUAGGAUUUGAUGCAUGCAUUUGGAAUGAAACAUGAGGGCCGAUUACUUAUCUGUGUAUUAGUUAGAGAUAGGGUUUCAUUGUUUCCUCUUUGUUUCUUGUUGAUUGGCCAUACUUCCCGAUAGGGGAAAAAGAAACUCCAUUUGUGCUAUUUAUGCUAUGUUUUUGUUUGUGUGGUGUCUGGAAAUGGCCUAUUUCAUUCCUAAGCCUUUUCCUCCCUUCUCUGGGGGAUUUGAUUGAUGAGAAUUGAUUAUGGUGUAUUAUUUCCUUUUCCAAUGAAAUGCUACAACUCUUACUGCGAUUUUGGAGA